GCUGCCUCCAAUAAAGCACGGCAAAAGUCACCGCUCCUCUUCCUUCGUGCCCAGCGAGGAAGACGCGCAGGACGUAAAACGAAACCACUGAAGCCAGCGUGUGCAUGUGUGUGUUCGCGUGUGUUUGAGCGCGCACAGAUGAUUAAUUAGUAAAAGAAAGACUCGCGGUAACUGGACGCCGCAGCUGAUCCGGGGCAGAGGACACUGGCGCAUGUGGAGGUUGUGGGAUUUUUUGGAGAAGGCCAGGUGAGUGAGUGCGUGAGAGAGUGAGUGAGUGAGGCACGCGCCCCCUUGCUUGGUCGCAGUCGGUGCGUCAGCGUUUUUUCCACUUUGAACAGUGAAGCAGGUUCAGUCUGCGGUGGUAGAGACUUUGAUCCGCGACAGAUGAGCCCACAAACUCGGCUCAGUUCGGCAUCCAUAAUUCACGAAUUCACGUCCAGGCUGCGGGGGGAUCCGCGGCUGUGUAGGUUCACGCGGGUGGAGAGGCAGGUCGAGCGACAAUGCCACCAUUUCUGCCCACGGGGGUUGAUUGGAUCAGCUCUCCUCUUAGCGCGUCUGUGUGCAAAGACUGCAUCCACGCGUGCUCUUAUCAUGUCAGAUAACCCCACGCAGCCUCCUCUAACUCUCUCUAGGUUUGCUUUUCUCGCUCAGAGCUCUGAUUGUUCGCUCUCGAUGCGCAUCAAACACGAAUGAGACGUUUUGGAAAAUGUUUUGCGCAUCAUCCGGAGAGUUUUUACCGCAAAAAUCUGUAAUUCUCCCCCAAAAUGACAGCGAUGAUAGGUCAGACACACACCCCCUUUAUGAUUGAGUGAAUUAACGCCCCUGUUUCCGCCCCUCUCUCUUCACUCUCCCUCUUCAGUUUUUAACAGGCUGAAGCGUCACCGAGGCUGCCCGUGCGCACUGGAAACCCGGGAUUCAAUUGGUGGAAGCAGGAGGGGAGCCCCGGCCUUUUUCUACUGCAAGGAGGAGGAGGAGGAGGAGGAGGAGAGCAGAGUGAGGAAACGGAGGAGAAAGAAGCAGCAGCAGCACAAGCAGCAGCAGCAGGAGCCUGCGCAGUUUUUUACGACAUGAGGGACUUCAUCCAAACUGCGCACCGACUCUGCAGGAUGCGCCGCCGCAGCUGCGUAGUUUGUUAGACACACACGGAACCAGACCCCCCCUCUCAACCGGGCCGGGACUUUAUCUGCGACAUCUCCAUUGAGAGUUUUAUCCGCUUCCUCGCGCGCUGUGGCCUUGCAGCGAAUCAUGAGGAAUGUAAAUACUUAGUCGGGCUGGAUUUUAAACCGCGCACACGUCCCACGUUCUCCCUCCUCCUCCUCCUCCUCCUCUUCCUCCUCCCGGGGAGUCCGAGAUGGAGAUGGGGAUGGAGACGGAGAGGGUCGAGCCGGAGCCGCCGGAGCAGGAGGGAGACGCAGAGCCGCCCAUGCACAGCGUCCACGGAACCAACCGGAUCAGACCGUCCUCGUACCGGGCCCUGAGGAGCGCCGUGAGCAGCCUGGCGAGGUUAGACGACUUCAGCAGGGAGAAGAUCGGGGCCGGGUUCUUCUCGGAGGUCUUCAAGGUGAGUCCAAGUCUGAGUCUGUUAAGUUUUUGCCUUUUUUUAGUCAGAGAACUGCUGCUAAACUUUCCCAGUUCUCCUUGCUGUUAACUCACUCUGUCCAUCUGUGAAUGAUGCGUUACCCAUGGCAACCAGUGCAUCUUGAACCAAAACCCAUGCAGAAAAAGAAGCGAGUAACUUAGACUCUUUCUGUAUCAGUGAAACACAGCAGUGAUUUCUCUCUGCAAUGAAAUGUUAUUGCUUGGCUUCCAUAUCACAGCAUGAUGGUGUUUAAUUUAGUAUACAGGAAAAAUCAAAUGAAAUCGCUCUUGAUGACUAUACACAUCAAGAGCGAUGCGAUUUUGCCACUUUCCGGGGGGAACAAAAGACUUGUCCCAGGUGGAAGCGAGAAGACUGACACAACAGCAGACUGACUGUUUUUCAGUUCAGAUUAGACUCUAGUGUUGAGAUGUCUAAUGGUGCUGUGACAGCAAUGCGAUUGAGUUUGAGACAGUGAAAAUACAUAUGGUAUGUUGUAUCUGAACAGGUUAGCUUACAAGCUAAAGUAACUUAGCGCAGGUGAAAGUUAAAACAAAGACAUUUAGCAAACUGUUAAAGCACACAAACCAUCGUCAGAUGAGAGAUCCGAAGCUAUGUUGUCCUUCAGGUUGUUAUCUUUGUAAUGUUUGUGUUUUUUAUCAAAAAGCACUCUGUUCUCCGACACGUAAACAAUUAGCCGGUCGGCCAUGUUGGAUAUACCGGUGAAUCAGAAGUCGCAACAACACGCAAUCUGAUUGGUCAUAAGUGGACACACAGUAUGUGAAACUUUAGAAAAAUCAACCGUGAAACGAAAAAAUAAAUGCUGCAACAUCGCAGGACAAUAUCGCUGAUGUGAACACUUGUAUUGACAGGAUACGGGUUCGAAAAAAAAUAUUGACAUCCGAAAUAAUCGCAAGUAAAAAAACGCUCCCGGUGUGUAAGGACCUUAAGGGUAAAAUAGCAGCAUGGUGAGUACUAUUGCACUUUCUGGAGUAGUGAUGGGCACAGCAGUUCUUUUAGAUGUACUGAAUCAUUAGAAUCAGUUCACUGAAAAGAUUCGUUCAAAAGAUUUGUUCACCAAAUCACCGAAUCAUUUAGUUUAUGGGACCGGGAGACGAGAGUGUUUGGCUGUGUUACUUUGGCAAACUGGUUUGUAAAAAUGAACUUGUUUAGAAGUCAUGAUGUUUUAAGUGUACUGUCCUAUGGUAUGCUAUUUAUCAGGUCUGCUUGGGGUCAGUGAAUGAUUCAUUCAGUGAACGUUAAGAAGAAUUCACACUGAACGUGCACCGUUCCCUCACAAACCGCUGUUGGGAUGCUACGGGUUUAAUGCACUACUUGUUACAUGCUGUGUCCUAUUGUAUGCAAGUUGUUGUGGUGGCAAUUUAGCAGUAAAAAAAAAGAAAGUAGUUUUGUCCAACAUAAAUGAUUCCAGAGAGUGUAGUUCAAUGCGUGAUUCGUUCACGAAGUGAUUCAGGUGUCAGUGCAUUUGGGUCCCUCAUGCGCCGGCUGCUGGCCUGACAAUGCUGUUUCUCACAAACGAAUCACUUGAGGAAGUGAUGCAGUUCAGUACGUUCACUUAAAAGAUUCGGUUCUUUUGAACGAAUCGUUCGUGAACAACACAACACUAUUCUGGAGGAAGGGUGAUAGUUGAACAAAAACCAAAUGAAUAAAAGUAUAUUUAAAAAGAUAUGAUUGCAGGAGGAAGUUUAUGUUGAUGGUGGAAAUUUACACCUCACUGUCCCAUCUUCUCUCUGCACGUGUUUGCACUGACCCACAUGCUGUGUAAGAUGGACACACAGUGCAUGUGUGUGCGUGUGUGUUUUUGGCGUGUAAGGAGAUAUGGUCAGGACAGGUAGAUCUGGCACACGUGUAGGUAAGACUACACUCCCUUUGUCAUGCUGCUGCUCACCUCCAUGGAGACUAAUUCUGAGGAUGGCCUCAUCAGUGACCCACAAUGAGCCGUCACAUAGAGAGCGAUGGGAUGGUGUCAGAGAUAAAGCGGAACAAAAGAGGAGGCGGCCGGCGAGAAAACGGCAUCAGAUAUUUAAUAUCAUGUAGUUUGUGUUUAGGAGAACAACAAAAAUAUCUUUACAUACUUUAUUUUGAACCUACAAAACUUCAGCUACUGUCUAUUUUCAGUCAGUUUAACCUUCUUUUACUGUCGAAUCUCUGUCCUAAGAGUUUUUUUUUAAUUUUGCUGUUCAGACUCAUGAGCCCACUUUAAAGAACAGACCAGAGAAUUAGAGAUGAGAGUCAUCCUCAUCUGCAGCUCUUCUUCUGUAAUUAUCUUAAGGGUGGUCGUGUAAAUACUCGGGGUAAUCACACUCUAUAUGCAAAGGUAACUGCUAGUGGUGACACUUAAUUUCACGGUGUUCACAAACACUUGUGUGUCCAUUCAUCUGGAUUUUUUUAUGAUGGCGUUUCAGAACAAGAAAUUACUCGCUCACUGAGGAGUAUUUUUUAAUUUCCUACCUACCUCUUCUUUGUUUCAGACAAAAACUUUCACAGUGAAGUUUAUUUAUUUAUUUAUUUUUUCUCAAAAGUUAUUUGGAAAAACUUUCAAGAUUUUCCUUUCGACACGUUCAGAGACUUUGAGAAUAUUCAGGAAACUACACUCCUGGAAAAAUUUGAGGAUAUUUUUCUCAUGAAAACUUUGAGGAAUUCCUAAAACUUUUAGGGGCAAUUUUUAAAAUAAUUUUCUGAACUGUCAAAUUUUCAAAAUUUUUUAGAUUUUUUUCCAAUUGGGAACAAUUGAACAACUUUUGUAACCUGAAUUUUUCCCUUAAAAGAUACUACUUUUUGAAAAAAAAUUUUUUUUUUUUUUCAAACUUUGGAAUUUUGCAAGGAAUUUUUUGAAACUUUUUUACGAGAAACUUUCAUACAAAAAUGUUAAAUCAAAAAUGCCAUAAAUUUUUUCCUUUUUCUAGUAAUUUGCAGAUAUCUUGGAUAGUUCACCAGAAAAUUUUUUGAGAAUUUUGUUUGUUUCGGGAUCAUUGGGAAAUCUUUAGUAAAUGUUCCCUUGAAACUUCCUUUUUUUUCACAAUUUUUCACAAACUUUUGUAAUCCUUGGAAAAACAGAAAAAAUUUUAUGGAGUAUUUUUUAAUUUUUAUUUUUUCUUUAAAAUUCAGUAUUAUGGGAAAUUUUAGGAGUUUACUGUUUGUUCAUUUUUUAUAGACAUCCCCUCUUGGUGUCUUCUAAGAGAUUUCCAAAUUUCAGAAACUUUCUGACGCUUGUAGAAUUUUUUUGAUUUUAAGAUUUUCUAUAGUUUCACUUUGACGCCAUGACAUCUGUUUUUUUUCUUUUUUUAAUCAUAGUUGGGCGGUUCAGACUUAACUGCUGCCAACGUCUUUUUUUUGUUUUGUUUGUUUCUUAGUUGGCGUUAAGCUGUAGAGUUUAAUAAGCUCUAUUUUUGUCCAGGCAACCUCCUCCCACCAACUGUCAUCAUGGUAACUGAGGCAGGAGAAUUAAAUGAUCUAUAAAAUGAAAUCAAAAUAUAAAAAUUAAACAGUUUUAAACCCAAGCAUAACUUGAAGCACAAGCUUAGUGCUGUAAACAUCUUUAUUAUCUAUCAGACAUGAGUUUCCUUGCUGUGUUUUGACCUUUUGACAUGUGUGGCGUUUCUUGAUUUCAUGUGGGAAGGGCAAAAUGUUUGGCAUGGUGCAUAAAUAAAUGCUUGCGCAAACCUUCAGGGUUAAAAGUUUUUAAAAAGACAGGACUGUGGUGUUGAAGGGCGAGUCCCACAGCCACAUUUAAGCUCCGAAGAACCGUUAGAUUAAAUAAAUCGUUUGUUGAAACACUGGAUCUUAAUUAAGUUAAUUCUCCCUUCUUUGUAUUUGACUUUUAAUGUUGUGACUCCGCUCUCGGCUCGUCGCGCUCGUCUCUCCCUCAAAGAAAAUAAACAGCUCUUACUCCUCCGAGGCCACUCCCUCUGCCGUGCCCUUUUGAAUGGCCAAUGAGCAUGCAAAUGUCACUGUGUUUACUGCCACUUUGUCAAGUUGGCACUCAGGUUUGGAUUGGUUUGCCCUUUUGAUGGCGCCAUAUAAAUGCAAAAUUGUCACCGUGGCUAUCAGUCCUAUUUAAAAAGUUUGCUGACAUGGCUGACCGGACAAUAGUUCCUGUACCCUGGAUUAGCAGAGAGGAAAAGGCCUGAACGUUCUGCGCAGCCCCCCCUUCUCCCGAUGUUUGUGCAUUAGAUUUAUCAGCCGGUGAAACCUAUGUGCAGCUUUAACUUGCAUUCAGACUGCGAAAUAGAUGUCUUGCACUUAGAUACAAAGGCUCUGGCCCCCCGCCAUAUUUGUGUGUGUGUGCUGCGGCUGUUAUUGAGCUUCAGCUCCCUGUGCAGAUCAAUGGAGGCUCGCGGCAGGCGGACAGGCAGCCAGGCAGCCAUUCACCUCUCUUAUGUGCCAUUGUGGGGAAAAAAAAAAAAAGAGGGUGAAAGGAAGGGAGCACACGUGUCAAGACAAAUCCUUCAGGUGCUGUUUUUCAUCUUCCUCUAAAUGGGCUUCAAAGGGAGGCUCCUGGUGGGUCCGCUUGGCCUUGUGAAAGACUCUGAAGGCUAGAGAGCGAUACAAUCCCUAAAGGUUAUUACGUAUAAUUAACAUUCAUUUAUUUAUGCAUUCACAUAACAAACACCGUGCUUUAGUUUCUGGAGACAGUUUGCUUUCUACAUCAAUUUGAAGCUCGAUUAUUGUCUUUUUUUGACUGUUCUGCUCUAAUAAUAGAUCUGUAGGCAUUUCAAAACCUUCAGUCAGAGGAAAAGUGAAACACAGCACACUUGUCCUAUAUUUGGUUCUCAUUUGUCCCUCCACUACAGUCGGCACCGAUUUUUUAUUUUUCUUGGUAGUUUAAAUUAAGUCACGACUUUUCAUUCUCACUAACUUCUGAUUCAAGCGCCGAAUGUCGACUUUGACUGAUGUGAAAAGUAGGAGGUGAAACUGAAUUUUAAACCCGUUUCUGUGAGUCACACAGUCGGGAGCUAGUCAUCGUGGUAAUUAGCCUGAUUUGGAGUUAAGCAAUGAAAGUUUGUGUGUGUGUGUGUGUGUGUGGUCGUAUUUAAUGCGCACGUAUAAGAUAUGAUAAUAAGCUGAAGGAGAGUAAUUAGACGAAGAGGCUGGAGUCUCCUUAGGACAAGUGCUGUCGGCCUGAAUGAGAGGUGUGUGUGUAUGUGUGUUUAUAUCUGUGUGUGUGUGUGUGUGGGGCAGCUGCUUGUGACAGAGCGUAAUAAGUUGUCAAACACUGUUGUGGUGCACAUGUGCGCUUUGUGUGGUGUGUGUGUGUAGCAUAUCUAGUUUUCAUCUGCUGUCAGCAACAAGGACAAAGGUUCAACAUUGUUAUCUUUGAGGUAAUGGAGUCAUUAUAUAAUCAGAUAUGAUGAAAGUGAUUCAAUACAGAUUAAUGAAUGAGACUGCAAUUAUGUGACGACGACUGACCGUUUGGCCUGAGCGUGUAAUGACCUUUCCAGCUUUUAUAGCCAAUCAGAGACGAAGGAGGCGGGACUUUCCCCGGGAAAAGUCUUCCCCGGAAUGUGUCCUUUUCCCCCCAGAAAGUCGCAAAAUUGCAUCAGGCUUGAUGUGUAUAGUCAGGCGUGUCAAAAUUCGCCUCUGAGUAUUUUGUACUUUAGCGUUCUAUGUUCAUGUCGGCCCCGGUGUGUAUGACCUUGAAACUGGUGGAUUAGGUGACAGCUGAGCAGGUGAAAAAAACGGUGCAAGAUAUUCACAAUAAAUGACACAUUUGACUGUCGGAAAUCAGCAGGAUGAGAUUUUUUUUUUUUUUUUUAAAGUACCUGGUGGACAAGAUAAGUAAAGACUGUUUUGUCCACAGGGGGCGUCAAAGUUGAGACAAACUGAAAGUUCCUCUUUUGGAGCUUUAAGAAAACUCCAUUCAUUGUUUUUCAUAUUUGAAUGGUUUUUUUAAUGGUAUUAUUUUGAGAGGUUAGGACAAUGGAGAGAGAGAUAAAGAAAGGAAAGGAGCACCAGACUGGAACCAAACCAGGUCCACCCACUUUAGGCAUGACCUCUGCAUUCAGGACUUGGUCCAGUGAGAUGAUGUCAAUCAGUCUGCAGCUCGUCUGCAAUGUUGCUCUAGUGUCUCAUCUUUCUCUUGAUGACACACCAGAGAUCCUCUUUGGGAAUCAGGUUAUGCUGGUUAUUAUACCAUGGUCAGCAUGCCAGUGUCUGGUAGUUUUGGCGCUGUGGGCAGGUGCCAAGUCCUGCUGGAAAAGGAAAUCUGUUGCAUGAAGGUCUCUGAAAUCUCCACUUCAGGCUGCGUUGAAUCUAGACUUCAUAAAACAAAGACGACCAGCGGAAGGAAACUUCUAGAAACAUUGUCCGUUACUUUCUCAAAUUGUUGUCUGUACGAUACGGCAGAUAGAUUAGUUAGAAAUGAAAGCCAGGUCGUUUCAGUUGUUUUCAGGUUAAAUAUGAUCACUUCCAGGAUCGUUAUGAUGAAAACAAAGUCUCUGAUCAAAUCUUAUCAGUGUAUUUCAGGCGUGAGGUUUUAAAGUUGUGAAAAAGAUCCUGAUGUCGAGACUCUCCGUCAGGACGUGUUGAGAUGUGACCAGACGGUUCUUUGAAAAUUCACGUUCUUGUUUCUUCAACCUUGGAAAAAAAAGGCAACAAAAGAGUUAAAAAAAAUAAACCGCAAUCCAUCACCAGCUGUCAACGGUGUGCUUGUGAUCAGUUUCAAAUGUUCUGGAUUAGGCUGCUUUUGUGUGUGUAUUUGUGUGCGUGUAAUUGUGCAGCUAUUGGAUGGCGGUGUUGGUAUGGACGAGCCAGUGCAGACUUGAACACCGGCGGCUCAGUGUAGCACUUUUUCCUCAUCAUUCCUGUCCUUCCUCACUCCAGUCAGGGCCUGCUCCGCCGCCUCUCUCUGCACAAACUUUUUCACUUUGUGUGUGUUCUGCACAGACCCACAAACACAGAAAACACUCAGCCUGUCGUCACUUGAACCGCUGUGUUUAUUGCUGAAAAUAUUCCUACUUAACUCGGGAUUAAAAUAGAGAAGUGUUGGGCAAGAGUUGCUCAAUUAUCUGUUUUUGGACCCCCCUUGUUUCCAUGCCCAGUGUUGUUAUGAAUUUAUCUUCGGAGACUGUGUGUGUUUACAUCGAUACACAAUGAGUGUUUCCUCCUGGUCACAUGUUGUCAUGGUUGUCUUUGGCUGGCUAUAGAGGAAGGACGCUGCUCUGCAAACACUGUCUGAGAGGGUGAAAUGUUUGGUGUGCUGCAUCAAAUUUCUGUACAUUUUUUCUAAGCUUUUCUUUUAGAAACAUUGAAAUAAUCUCAGAGAAUUUGGGGUAUAAACUGUGAGAAUUCUAAAAAUAUUUAUCACAAACUUUCAGAAAUAUUUUACUUAAACUUUCAACAACAAAAAAAACUCAAAAAUUGUAAAUAUUUUUGUACAGAAGUUAUUCUCCUAAAAAAUGGAAAUAUUUUUUCAUAAGGUUGAAAAUUUUUCUUAAUUUUUUUGGGAAUAAAUUCUUUGUUUUUAUUCAUUUAUUUUAAAUAUUGUUGCAAAUUUUCUUGUUAAAACUUUCAUAAAUAUUUUCUUGAAAUUUUCUUCUAUCUUUUCAAUCUCAAAAAUGUUGAGAACUUUUGUCAAAAUUUUCAGAAUUGUUUUUUCAAGUAUUUAAUGAAACCACUUCAAAAAAUUAUUAAAUGAUACAUUAUGACCCUUUAUGCACACAAUAAAUUUAUUUAGGCAUAUUUUUUUAUAUGUCCACAAUUUUCUUGUUGAAUUUACAAAAAUAUUUUUCCGGAAUUUUUUGGGAAUUUUUCGGGUUGGAAUUUAUUAGAAUUUUUCGUCAUUGACUUUUUUGAAUUUUCUGAAACAUUUCUUUUGAAACUUUUUUGAAAACAUUUUUCUAAACAUUUUUGGAAGAUUUCUUCUCGUCUCCCUGAAUUCACUUUUUUUUCACAAUUUGUUCACAUACUAGCGGGAAAUAGACCAUAUAUUGGAAAGUGUCACGACAUUCAGUUCUCAGAAAUGGUGAUCUUUUUGAAUCUUGAAGUACUUUUUUAGGAGGUAGUUAUAAACUGUCACUAAUGUGUUUUGGGGUCAGAGACACAUUUCCUGUCAGCACUGUUUUUAAGUACUAAAAGUAUUUAGUGUACAGGAACUGUGACUUUUGACUUUAACGGUCAAAGACUUAAAAAUAGAAGAUAAGCCCAGCAGUUUUCCUGCCCUGGUAUGAACUAUGGAGUCCCCCAUAAAUCAGCUCAAUGUAAUCUUCCAUUUGACCCUGUCGAGGUUGUCAACACUCACUUAUUCAGCUCAUCAUUAGAGUUUCAUGAUAGAAGUAUGAGGCACAAAACUUCACCACAAAACUAAUGAGAGAUUUAAAAACAGUGGUGGGGUGUCACAAUCUUUCCAAAAACCAUUACUACGAGAACACUUCAUAGAAAAGGGGGAAUGUCCCUUUAACUUUGGGUCCUUCAUUUGGUAUUUCCUCUUUUAAAACAUCAUCACUCACUUUGUCGUUCAUAUAAAGAAGAUAGACGGAUGAUAACGCUGCAGGUUACCGACUCUGAACUUGUGUUUCUAUGUGUCUAAACUUAAGUGACCCCUCGUGUUUCGGCCUGUGCAGGUCUCAGCGAAGGAGGGGGGGGUUAUCAGCUCAGUGUUAUCUGCUCUGUGUUGCUGUUGUGUAACAGACCAGCCAGGCUGCUGUUUCUCAGCUUGUCUGCUACCUGGACGGUUCGCCUCCUGCAGCAGGUUGGGUUUCAAAACAGGGGGGACCUCCCUGCUCGCUCCCUGAUGGACCGGGCCUGGCUGAGGCUGCACACACACACAUUCUCACAUCAUCACACUUGUUUCGGGCCCCCUCUCACUUUAACAGAGAGCGGCGCCUGAGGCGGCGGUGGCGGAUUUAGCCUGAGCCGCUCUGUAGGAGAAGCUAAUUUUCCCCUCUCACAUGUAGUGAUCAGAGUUCAGCCCCUCGGGGACUUUUUACUCGGACUCUAUUCACACUUCAGCUCAUCAAAUCAGUCAGGGCUGCUGAUUCAGAACAAAAAUGUGCCUCAGUCUGGUAAAAAGGCUGCAUAUUUCAGGAUGAUGAUGCUUUUAUUCUGACUAUUUUCAUACAAAUGCAAAAAGGUCCUACACUUAAAGCCACAAGAAUUUCUCACCGUGUCGCUUUUUCUGUUCGGAAAAUGUAAAAAUAUUUGAACUUUUGCUCACAGCCACAAUUUCGCCAACGUGACUGAGACCUUAAAAAACAUUUCUGCACAUUCUUUUAGCAGCUGAGUGAGGACACCGAGCAAACACAGGGGCUGGAUCUGCUGUUCAGACAGAAAGGUCAUGCCCUCAUAGUUUUUAGGUAUGCUGGGCGUUUUCGACAGUUUGAGGAGUAGUUCAGCGACUUUACAUGGUGACGGUUUUUCUUUGGCCCACACAUGCACAAAACUGGAAGAUAUGAAAUUAUCCCCCAGUGAAGUUUAUAUGACAUUAUUUUAGAAUAUUUAUGGCACCUUCCUUUGGUUGCAAAUUUUCAUGUUGAAACUUUAAUAAAUAUUUUCUGGAAAUUUUCUUCUAUCUUUUCAAUCUCAAAAAUUUUGACAACUUUUGUCAAAAUUUUCAGAAUUUUUUUUUUUCAAAUAUUUGAUGAAACCACUUCAAAUAAUGACUCAAUGAUACAUUAUUUGAUCCAGCAACAGAUGACCCUUUAUGCACACAAUUAAUUUAUUUAGGCAUAUUUUUUUUUAUAUGUCCACAAUUUUCUUGUUGAAUUUACAAAAAUAUUUUGCGGAAUUUUUGGGGAAUUUUUCAGGUUGGAUUUUUUUUUAGAAUUUUUCAUCAUUUACUUUUUUGAAUUUGCUGAAAAAUUUCUUUGAAACUUUUGAAAACAUUUUUCUAAACAUUUUGGAAGAUUUCUUCUUUUCUCCCUGAAUUCAUUUUUUUUUCACAAUUUGUUCACAUACUAGCGGGAAAUAGACCAUAUAUUGGAAUGUGUCACGACAUUCAGUUCUCAGAAAUGGUGAUCUUUUUGAAUCUUGAGGUACUUUUUUAGGAGGCACCUUCCUUUUGGUUGAAAUAAGAGCGUAAAACUUUUAACUUGUUGGCAUAAGUGCAUAAAUGCAAUUCAUUCAAGAUCCCCCCAAAUGUCCCUUUUAGCACACCAUAGUCAUAGCAAUGUCUUCCCUCUGCUGCUGUAGUAGAAACAUUUCACUCUGCAGACACUGUAGGCAGCCUCAUCAGAAACUUGGUCAUGACUUUGUGAAGCUAAAACAAACUUUUCUGCGACUUUCACACGACACGCAUAUCUCAGAUUAUCUAGUCUGGAAGCCUCCAUUCCUCCAAACACGUCUUUUUCACAUCCCCCCCUUGAAUGCAUCCUCCAUCUGCAGUCCCUGGCACAUCCUCCUCUCCCUCUCUCGGUGCAUCAGUCGGUGCUGUCGUCCCCGUCGGGCCUCGGGUAAUGACAGACAUCGCUGCACAUGUUGGCUGCACGGAGCGAGCAGCAAAAGAUGCCGGUGACCUUUCCUCUGCUGACAGCAGCACUUUACAAGGCCGAGUGUGUUUGAAGGAGAGAUUUAGGGUGUGUCUGCGAGUGUGCAUGCAAGUCUGGUGUGUGUGUGUAAUUGCACCAUAUCAUGGGGUUUGCUUCAUGUAGGCGAGGACGUCAACAUUCCAGUGGCGAGUCCGUGGAGAUGACCAGUCGAGUGGUUGGCAUGUAGCAUUUGGACAAAAACACACACAUACACACAUACCUUGGUUGUGCUGGCAAAACACAGACACACACAGACACACCUGAGAAAAUGCUGCCCUGUGAGUCAGACACACUCUCAUCCUGUAAUGACGAUGAGUGAGAGGUUGUUUAUUUGCGAGGCCGUCGGGACAAAGACACUCAGGUCAAGCCAACCACUGCUGCCUCAGCAGUUAGCUCACAUUUGCACCGUAACCUGCCUGUAUGAAUCAAAUGCGUGCUAAUGUGUGUGUUUAUGAGUGUGUGUGUGUGUGUGUGAGUGUGCAGCUGUUAGGAUGAUGCCAGACAAGCAUGUAAGAGUUCCCACAGUGAGUGAAAAAACAGAUGUUUGCAGAAGAGAAAAGCAGACGAGUGUUGUUUACCGUCCUGAAAUUUGACAUGACUACAUGAUACUGAAGAUCAGGAGUGUUUGUUAUAAAGUGGCUGAAUGCUAGUAUUACUAUUUGGUAACUUAAAAUAAGAAUUAAAGUAGAGAUGAGGGUAGAAGUGGGACAGAUUACUAGCUAGCACUCAGCAGCUUCGGUAAAAUGGGGAUGCCUGUUUUUAUUGUUUUAUUGUUGCCUGUUUGCCUCUUUUUCUUUAUUGCCAUUCUUUUAGUUAUGUGUAGGCUUUUUAGUCUCUAUGGAGCUACCGAGCAGGAAGUAUUUCACAUGUAUGUACUGCAUCUAAGUGACAAUAAAAGUGAAAGAGAAGUGGACAUGGCAGGGUGAUGUGUCUGUAGAAUUCGCUGUUGUUUGACAUUAGUUAACAUUUCAUAUCACAGAUAUGUUACUUGUGCAUAACAUUGUUUGUUAGAAAGUGAUUGAAUGCUCUUAUUACUAUUUGGUAACUUUAAAAUUAGAGAAGAAGUGGAAUAGAUUACUUAGCUCGCAGACAGCAGCUUCGUACAAAUGGUGACGGGACACGGCGCGGUGGAGUAUUAGCCGUUGUUUGACAUUAGCUAACAUUGUAUAUCACAGAUAUGUUAUUUGUGGAUAAUAUUGUUUGUUAGAAAGUGGUUGAAUGUCAGUAUUACCUUUUGGUAACUUAGAGUCAAAGUGGGAUUAAUUAUGAGUUAGUGAACAGCAGUUUCGUAGAAAUGACGACCGGACACGGCAGGGCGAUGUGUCUGUAGUAUUAGCUGUUGUUUGACAUUAGCUAACAUUUUAUAUGACAGAUAUGUUAAAAUGCGAGUAAUAUUGUUUGUUAGAAAGUGACUGAAUGCUGGUAUUACUUUUUGGUAACUUUGAAAUUAGAGUAGAAGUGCGAUAGAUUACUAGCUAUCAGACAGCAGCUUCGGUCAAAUGUUGACCGGACACGGUGGGGUGAAGUGUCCGUAAAGAAUCCCCUAAAACAACCAGAGGUCUCAGUCUGCUCGUCCUCCAUUAAUCUCUCUCUCCGCACAUGCUCAAACUUCUUCUCUGCGAGAGGAAACCGUCACUGUACAGGACUUUACAUGUGUGAUUUACAUGCUGGCACCCAUGCGUGCGUGUCGUCCUUUGCUGCAGGCUCAAGUGGCUGUGAGGAGAGAGGAUUUAGCGCAGCAGAGAUUGACUCUCAUUGACUGGUAGUUAAGAUGAAGAGGGCAGCCUUGUCUAUUGUUAGCGUUACUCGCUGCCUGUCUGCAGCGCCCUGUAAUAGGCUUUGUGGUUUUUCUACCACCACCACUCUGAUCCGGAGCCCAACAAGCAAGAGAACCAGGCUAACGUGUCAGCCUGACUCCUUCAGCUCAGGCUUUGACCGCUCACACACACUGUCCUCCUCCCACACCAUGGCGUUUUCUCUCUCUCUCUCUCUCUCUCUCUGCACUCUCAUGUCAGCAGUGCAGUCUCAACAUGAAAUCCUCCUGCGGUGGUUCAGCGUUCUUCUUACCUCUGAGGACAUUUGGUUUGCAGUCAGGCAUCAGAAGCCUGAUCACUGCUGCUAAGAUGCAAACAAGUGCGGCUCCUUGACAGAGAAGUCAGACAGAAGCUUUCAAGCUGCUGUUAUUCAGAACUGAUUAUUUUUAUGGAUUUAUUAGUUAAAGAGUAAAUGCUAAAGUUUUCUUGAGUUUUUUGUGAAAUUGGUUUCUAGUUUUAAGAAAAUAGAUGUACUUUUUGUUAUAUACAUACUCCUCAACAACUGUAGCUACAAAAAACUAAUCAGCUAAUGUCCGAUCUAGAGAAGUAAAAACAUAAUUCAGCUCCAAGUAACAUUGUGCUAAUGUAGAGUGUCUUCAUUCCCAUGAUUCAGUGAGCUCCAGCUUUAAAUAUCCUCAGUGUGCUGAAAUAUUAAAGCUCCUGUGAGGAGUUUUCAGCCAGUUAUGAAACAGACUGAUGUCAAAACCUUUUUUUAAAGACUCAGACGAAGCAGAUGAAACUGAUUAUUUCUAUUUAGGGAUUUUUCUUUUUUUUAAAGAUCGAAACUGCAGCUGCAGGGUAGGUGACAAAAAGUGAGGCACAGCAAGCUGCAGAACCGGCUGUGAUUUGCAUUUUUGACUGUUAAAAGAAGGAAGGAUGAGAUUUUUCAUGUGGGAUGAAAUCAGCAAAGAAUUACUGCCUUUCCUUAAGGGGGCGCCAAAAUCAACACAAACAGAAAGUUCCCCAGUGAAGCUUUAAGGAGGCUUUUAAAAAGUUUUUUUCUGCUUCAAAUUUGUGGACCUGACAGGAAGUACGUAGCUUGUGCAAAUCUCUAUGUGGAUGUAAUGUUAGAGUUGAGAGAGCUAAAAUCGUUAGCCAGUUAUGCUAAUAGAGGUAUCACCAUAUCAAAUAUAUAAGGUGUGACGUAUAGUGAACAGGUGGUUAUGCAAACUUCAGACGUGUUUAAAUCUUAUAACUUUUCUCAUGUUAGAUCCCAAAAACGCACCAACAAUGAGAUAAUCUUGAUUUCAGAAUCUUGACUGCUGGUAAUGACCCACAUUCAGAACUGGGUUUUUCUCACAUACAUUGUUAACACACACACACACACACACACACACUCCAACAGACUCACAAUCACCUCUCACUUCCUCUCUCCUCACAUUCUGCCACAGUAGCUCGCGCUCAGCUGCUGCCUGUGUGAAGUCGAACUACUUGCCAAGCAAAUAUGUACGAACAUACAGCCUGUCACCGUGGUUACCAUACCAGGCCGAGACAUCGCCAUGGCAUCCCGUUGGGGCGCAGACGCAGCCAAAACAAUCAAAAGAAACUUGACUGACCUGCUUCUGAGUCUGGGACGAUUUCCAAAAACAUGAAAGUGUUUAUACAAGAUCGAGAACUUGUCACAGUUUCAUGUUAUUACAUUACAGGGUGUCAACUGACGGGAUAAGUCUUUUUUAACGAUUUAUUUCUGACAAGCUGCUGCAGCCCUUUUCUGAUCCAUGAGCUGAUGUUUAUAUUUAUAUAUGUUUUUUAAAAAGUAGGAUCCAUUACCAGAACUUUUACUUCAGGGAAGUGAAAUCAAGUCUUGAAUUAAACUGUAUUUAAUGUGUCAAACUGCACAGUUUAUUUUAUCGUCCCUCUGAUUUUGGAUAAAAAAAUUAACGUUUGUGUCUUUUUGUUUUGUUUUUUUAAUCCAGGUGCAGCAUCGUAUGACAGGACAGGUGAUGGCUUUAAAGAUGAACAUCCUGGCCAGUAACAGAGCCAACAUGCUCAAAGAGGUCCAGCUCAUGAACCGACUGUCUCACCCAAACAUACUCAGGUAACCCAAACCCUCAGAGCACCUACAGUCCUAAACUUCACUAUAACUAUAGAUGAUGACUCUUGUGGUUUUCAUGAAGAUCCUAAACUUUACCUAAACUACAUUUGAGUGUUUUUAAACUGCUGUUGGACAAGUGUUAAAUGUUGAUGUGCUCUACCGCAGGUUUAUAGGAGUGUGUGUUCAUGAGGGGCAGCUUCACGCUCUCACUGAGGUAAGAAGCUAAUUAACCUGCUGCUGAGAUAACGAGUGUAAAAAAAUGUUUAAUAUCUAGAACCACUUUGGUCUCUGGUGGUGCUCUGACGGCUGUAUGCCAUAAUUAAAAUAAUCUGGAUACCUUUAAUACAUUUGUUGUUCAUAUUUUUAUAUGAUGUCUGACUUUUGUGGUUUUGUUUUUUAAUCUGAAAGUGGAAAAAACAACUUGUAAAAUUAAUGAAUUACGCUGAAAUAUAUUUCAUUUGUGACUCCAUAGUUUUUUUACCUCAUAGUACAUUAAAAAUCAGUUUGAAAUUGUACUUUAAAACUUUAUUUUCUAUUUUUUAUUAACUCUUGAUAAGUGACCAAUAGAAGACCUCGUUAAAACAAGUCAAAAACGACUUGUUAGCUAAAGCAGGUUCCAUGAAACAAUACGAUACAUUAACAAUAUAAUUACGAUACAAAUUUAAUACAAGAUGACCCAAUAGAACACAAAAAUGAUAUUAUUAUGAUAUGAUACAGGAAAAGAUGGCACAGUACAAUAACAAUUUAAGUACAUUAUAACAAUACCUGAUACAAUCCGAUAAUGAUACACAAUAGGGUGAAAUAAAGGAUAAGCCAAUACAAACAAUGUAACUAUGAUACUGUUAUUUUGAAAGGUAAAUUGCUACAAUAAGAAUAUAAUAUAAUUAAAAUACAAUAUGAUAAGAUGACUGUGUGUGUAUAUGUAUAUAAAUAUAUAUAUAACAAUAUUAUGAUACGAUUUGAUAGAAGACGAUACGAUAACAUACGAUGUAAAAAGAUGACACAAUUCAAUACAGUAGUUCUAUAAUUUUGAUAGGAUGCGAUACAAUAUGAUAACGAUGUGUUACGAUUUCAUAAAAGACGACGUAAAACAACAGAUAAUCAUAAAGUAAUGAUACAAUAUAGUAAGACGACAUAAUGAUACUGAUAUAAUUAUGGAACAAUACAAAAAUAUUGUAGAUAUUACCCCCUCAAAAAAAAUGACUCUUUGAUUCAAGUACUGCACACAUUUCACCGUCUCCACGGAAACAUCAAAUAGCAAUACAAUCAAACAAACCACUAACAUGUAAAGAGCAGAUUACACAUCACCAUUAUCACACAGGAAACACAACUUGAGCGAAAAGAAAAGAACGCCACGUUCCUGUUGCACAACUCAAUCUCGAGAGUAUCAUCUGUCACCUGUGUUUGAUGUAUUUCACUGACGUUGCCGUGGUAACCGACCUAACGCUGAAUAGAAAUGCAGAUAAGGGGGAUAAGUUGCUCUGCUGCCUGAAAUGGGGGGGGGGGGGGGUUUAUUAGCGGGAUAGGUCAUCAGAUUGGAAUAACUGAAAAGGUCAGCCGGCUUUAAACCUGACAGGACUGAUUUGAUAAAAUCAAAUGGUGGACAGUGAAAUCUCUUUAAUAGUCUGAAACUGACUCGAGUCGAGGGUCAUCAAUUGAUUAACCUGCCGAUCUGUAGAAAUUCAUAAAAGGGAAAAUCUUGAUGCCUUUUGAUUUUAGAUGAACAACUUAAAUAUUUACUGAUAUUUACUCUCGACGAGCAAAAAGACCCAAUAAGCCAUAAAAUAAUGAUGGAGUCAGUUUCGUUGGAAAUUGAUGGAUGAUUUCAGCACAGUUUGGCCAUCUCAGUAUUGAUUUAUUAGUCAUUUGUUAAAAAGUAAGAAAGUCCAGUCAAUAACAAGAUAAGCUCAAGCGUCUACAUGCCUUUUAUUUUGAUAGUAAGACACUUAAGUCCCAGAGUCCCAGAGCAAUAAGUGAAGCAUCUUUCAUAUCAACACCUCAGCAUUUUCUGAAUGUGUUGUACCCACUGUGUUUUAGUUUGUGUGUGAUUAACCCUCAUGUUCUCGUCCGUCACCCUGAUGUUUCAGUACAUAAACGGGGGUAACCUGGAGCAGCUGUUGGGCAGUGACGUGUAUCUGUCGUGGGGCAUGCGGCUCGGUCUGGCUCUGGACAUCGCCCGGGGUCUGCAGUACCUGCACAGCAAGGGCAUCUUCCACCGGGACCUCACCUCCAAGGUAACGACACACUCAGCGCCCACACUGACACUCUCCAGAGAUUCACCUGUGUGACGGAACAAAUCCUGCUGAAUGACAAAGAAGUUAAAACACCAACAAAUUAAACUUUUCAGAGCUAAAAACGUCGAUAUGUUUCCCUGAAAUCCUUCCCAGCUCUGCACAAUAACCUCUUACAUCACUGUUUACACAGAGGGCCAUAUAGAAAGGAAUGUGCACACACACUUAAACGUGAUGUGAGUGACCUUUGACCCCCCCCUGUGCGCAGAACUGCCUGGUGCGCUGGGAGGGCUGCGUGUGCUCGGGCGUGGUGGGAGACUUCGGCCUGGCGGAGAAGAUCCCAGAUUACAGGUCAGUCCGUAACAGUCUAUUCAUCAAACCUUCUAUCAACAGGGUGUGUGAUUAGAUAAGUCACGCUCAAUAAAUCACACUCCUCCACUUCUCUUUUCCGUCUGUAUUUACCUUCAUGUCGUAUCUGUGCGAGCGAAACGUUCGCAAACGUCUCCCACAGCUUCUCGUUUCUGUCGAAGACUUGGGGGAAAAAAAAGAAAGGCAGACAUUACUCACCAAACCCCAGUAACAUUUUCCCAAAGUUUUCUCACACACUCUUUAGGGGACUGUUAUUAAUAUCUUUCAAACAACAGGGAGGGGGAGCGGCGAUGUUAGACCACAGACUCACCGCUCUGCUUCGUUUGCAGCCGUGUUUUUUAAUACGCCGUGACAUUUAUGUGGCACUUUUUAUUCCUCACCAUCAAUUCACCACGGCCCUGAACACACCAUAAACCAGCAGCAGAGGAGUCACAGUUUUAUGUCCUCAGCUGGUUCAACGGUGACUUCAUAUCUAUGGAAACGACUAAUGAAGAAAUUCUUACUGUAACUCCACGAGAGGGAGAAAGUUCAUUUAAUUCGACAAUUUUACCAAGUUUAACCUGUUUAAAUAUUCACAAGCACAAAAGAUAACGACUAUUUAUGAAUAAUACAGUUGUGAAAAUGAAAAUCCUGAAAUGUAUGGUAUUUUUUAAUGCUUUUUUUAUCUAACAUGGCCCUUUUGAGUGAUAAAAAUACACAAUUGGUCAGAUUUUUAACUUAAAUGUUGUUAUAAAUCUGCUGUUGGAUGUAAGAAUAUUAUUUAUAUUCACUAAAUGUAUCAAAAAUUCAACUCAAACCAGUGUUUUCCAAACUGCAUCAGACUCUUUUAAAGCUGCUAUAAGGAAUUUUUGGUUUGUGUUGAUAGUGGCGCCCCCUGUGGACAAAGUGAUUCUGCCUAUUCCUUGUUUCCAGACUAAAUCCUUAUCAGUUGAAAUGAUCACUUCCUGUGAGUAUUUGCUCUGUAAAAAGUCAAAGUUUUUCAGCCAACUGUCAAUCAUCUGGUCCAACACCAAGUUUCUGGUAGUUUUGGUGCUGUGGGCAGGGUCCAGGUCCUCCUGGAAAAGAAAAUCUGUAUCUCCAUGAAGCUUCUCAGGAGAUAAAGGUCUCUGAAAUCUCCUGGUAGACUCCGGACUUGAUAAAACACAGUAGACCCAAAGCAGUAGAUGACAUUUCCUUUUCUUCUCAGUCCAGGUGGGACUCUAGAAACUGACGUCUAGGAAAUGACAAUCCAUUUCCUGGACUCAUCUGUGUAUCAUGAGUCUUGAUGCUCUGACUUCAGCCUCAGUCCUCUUCUUGUGAAGCUCCUCUAAGGUCUUGAAUCUGCUUUGUGAAUUAGCUGAUUAGUGAAUGAGCUGAUCAGAGAGCUGAAAUACCUGACAAGAAACUGGACUUUUCCAGAAUAUUGUACCCACUGAGUAUUUUUUGGUCUAAAAGAGGUCUAAUAGACGUCUAAAUGUAGCCUAGACGACUGGUCUAAACUCAGGCUACCACAGGUCUAAAAAUGACAGUUUUUUAGACGUCUAAAUUUAGACCAAGUCUAAGUCUGGCCUAUUUCUAUACUACACCAUAUAUUGCUCAACAGCUAUUAUAAUUAUUUUGGUUAAGUACUCGGACAUCAGUAUGCAACUCUAAAUAGUUAUUGAAUAAUGAGUUAAAGUGCAACGUCUAAAAUCCGUCUAAAAAUAUACAGAAUCUAGACGAUUGGAAUUAGGUCUAAAAAAAAAACAGACGUCUAAUAGCCGUCUAUUGCUCAGUGGGUAAUGUCUAAGAUGGUGGAUUCUCAUGAGCUGUAACCAUCAAAUUUGAGAGAAAAAGACUUGAAUUGGGAGUUUCACUUCUUGAAUUGAAUUAUGGGUAAAAUUUUGACCUUAUUUGAGACAUUCUAACUUUAUCAAGACUUUAAAAAUAUACAAGAUUACCCAGAUACAUUUGGACGUGGAUGUUCUCGACCUUAACCGCCUUAUGAAUAGGUAAAGACACUUUCAGACACACACAUGCUGUACUGUAUAUUUCAUCAGCUCCCCAUCCUCCCUCCUGACACUGUUUGCAGUCGUGUAGUAAACACAGAAGUCUUUUUGAGACGCCGCAGAUGUCACUGUAACCUGGAUUAACCUUCCUCUGUUUUGUGUGUGUGUGUUAUUCCUCUACUUCUGUUUGUGCUCCUCCACUUUGUGACUUUGAUUAACUUUGUUCUCCCACAUUUUAAGCCUCGAGCCGAAACACAACGGCUGAAAAGUCGAUAAUAGGGAAACUUGUGUGAGGUUGUGUGCUUUUGUGCAGCUAUUAAAUAUGUAUCAUGUGUUUGCUCAAGCUUCUGUUUCAAUAGGAGCUGCUGAACCGAGUUUCCGUCUCAAUCGAGGCCGUGUUUGCUUUUAAAUUGUAGUCAAACACCGUCGUAUCCUGUGACAGAGAGAGGGUGAUGUUGACAACCCUUCCUCGGUGUGUGUGUGUGUGUGUGUUUGUGUUGGAGGGACACCGCCAUGAUUGUGGCAUUAAGGAAAGGAGGGGAGGAAGGAGAGGCAAGGAGAGGGGAGUUCAGGAAAAGAGCUCCAAAUAAGGUCAAAGUAUUCCACUCGUCCUCCUGCAGGAUCACUCUUGUCCUUUUACUUUCCCAUCAUCCCCUCGGUGUCACUCUUACACUCCUUCUGUGCAUUUUUCCCUGCGUUCCUUUCUGCACGCGCUCAGUUUACUCCUUCCUGCUGUUCCGCUUCUCCAAACCGUGUUUACAUUCGUAGAGUCGAGCGUCUCUGCUCUCCUGCAGUCACUUCCUCUGCUGUAUUUUUGCAGCAUCAUGGCCCACAGUAGCAGAUGGAAAUAGCACAGAGAGGAAGUAUCUGCCAGCAGGGUGUACAGGAGUGUGUGUGUGUCUGUGUGUGAGUGUGUGUCUUUGCACAUUCAAGCGUUCUUUCCUCUUUCGAAAAUUGCACAAUAUCUGCACACAACUGAAAAACACUGCGGUUUCUUGGACACAAAGGAAGUGUGCGCAAACAGAAGACCUCUUGAUUAGGUUGUGUGUCGAUGAAAUGGGGCGUGAUGCCAGCGCGCCUCGGUCUUUGUGCGACCGUUUGUUUACCCUUCAUCGCAGUCUCAUAAAUCACCUGAAUGGAAAAAUGUGUUUUCAUCGCCUCUCGUGCAUCGCAGUGAACUUUCUGAAGUCUGAGAAUAAAAGUUGGUUUUCUUGAAGGGUUCAUUUGCUGUAAUUGUGAGCUCAACACCUUGAAUUCAUUUGAACACAACAGCUAACUGCUUCAUUUGUCAUUAAAGCUCCUGUAGGGAUGUUUUAGCAGGUUACACAACAGUCUGAAAUUAAUACUGGCGCCUCUUUAAAGACCUAUAUGAGCAAACAAGACAUCAGUGCCAAUAAAUGUGAUUUACUUUUUGAUCAUUUUUAACCACAAAAUCACUGCUGCCAGGAAAGCAUCAGGUACAGCUUUGUCCACAGGGGGCGCCAAAGUUGACACAAACCAAAAGCUCUCAAACAGGAGCUUCAAAUAUGUUUAUUUUUCUGUUGAUUAAAUGUACUCCAUAAUCUCACAUCAUUAAAGGGAUAUUCCGGUGAAAUCCCCCUCGAGAGAUGAAUGUUGCCGACCACUUGCUUCUCUAGUUAUACCAACUUUAGUAACGACCGCACGAUAGCAAUACACAGCGGACUGAGUAUCCAUCAACAAACCUCAACCAAAACGCCACUCUAUAGCCACAAAUAAUUCUCAGAACAGCACCUAACUUCAUCAUCUACAUCUUUUUAACUUUGACUGAUUUCAUUAGCAAAGAGACUAAACACAACUCACCCACUCUCUUCCAGCAGCCGCUUGUUUGUAGCGAGACUUCAAGCCAGUCUAUUAUUGACAACAGGGGGGUGCCGCAGCCCAAGGAGGAACAUUUCUGAUCAUUUCUUCAUGGAAAUGCAAUCGGGCCGAGACCCUAAGGCAGAAGAACUACCAUGUCUGCAGUGAAAAAUGAUUAAUAUAAUGAUCAGAAAUGUUCUUCUUUGAGCUGUGUCACCCCGCUGUAGUCUGUAAUGGACUGGCCCCGAGGUCUUGCUACAAACAAACGGUUUAUAACCCGGCGAUCAACAUUCAUCUCUUGAGGGGGUGUCUUAAUCGCUGUUACGAUGUGUUUGGCUCUAACUCAAUUUUACACCAGAAUAUCCCUUUUGAUAGACUUUAAAAUUAAACAAACAGCCAUUCUUGUCUAUGAUGGUCUUGUUUACUCUUCUAUACCAUAAAAAGGUAUCAAUAUGAAUUUCUGUGUGUUCAUUCAUGUAAAAAAGUUUUGAACAUGUAGAGGACGAAAUAAGCAAAAACUACUUUGUCCACAGGGGGCGCCAAAAUUGACACAAACAGAAAGUUUCUCACAGGAGCUUUAACAUCCAGCAAAUAGUCGAAAUAUCACCGAAGACUCUGAAUAUAUUUGUUUUUGUUAUUAAGUGGAUUCCUCAUCAAUUUAACACAACUCUUUUAAACUCAAAUGCUUGUUUGCCCCUGUAGCUGACACCUCUCUUCCUCUUCUUUCUUUCCUCUCCCUUCCCUCUGCAGUGAGGAAGAAGAACAGGAGCCCCUGGCUGUGGUCGGCUCCCCCUACUGGAUGGCCCCUGAGGUGCUGAGAGGGGAGGUUUAUGAUGAGAAGGUAAUGACAGAUAGCCUUCCUCAUUAGCCCUCAGCUGCCGGAGUUCAAGGUCCAGCGUGGGUGUGAUGAAAGCAAAUAAAGCGGCAGUGAAGUGAAGCAAUAAAUGUUUAAUAAAUCAGUUAUUAUGUGAAAGGCGAAGAGGAAUGGAGUUAUGUAAGAGAUAACAUUCCUGGCCUUUGUUGCUGCUGCUUUUCUGUACAGCUGAGUGGAAAUUAUGACGGCCUGUUAGUGUUUCUUUUUAGGGAUGGUGAUGAUGGAAUAUUUUUAGUUAUGCAGACUGUCUGGGACUAAAAGAAACUACUACUUUAGCUGAAACCAGAGCCAGAAUGUGGAUUAGAUUGACAUUUCCAAACAUAAUAUAAAUUCGCAUGGCUUACAAAACAGGAAAUAAAGAUUUUCUUGUCUUGUAUUUAAAGAGAGAGGGGAUGCCAGGUGGUUUGGCCGCUUUGUUUACGAUCAACUGCUGAAGACGGUAAACUCUGCAUAUUUGAGACUAGUGUGAAAUGAACAGGCUUUCACACUUUUAUUAGUGUUUAGGUCAGACUUUAUUAAAACCAGCUAAAUGAAGUCGACCUUGACAUCUAGCGUCUCUUGCUAGUUACUCAACAAAAUGUUUGGCAUCCCCUGUUGGUAAUAUACUCGACCAUAGACAUUAUAGACAGUAUAACCCCAUUUAAAAAAGCUGCACUAUCCCUAAAAUACAUAUUCAGAAAGCAUUUGCAACUGCAACUUAAAAGCCCUUUCUCCCACUUUCAAAGUUUAACUUUAACUGAAAGACAGAAUAAAGUAUAUAAGAAAGGAAUUCAGUUCUUGAUCUAUAAUCCAGACUUUAAAAAAAAAAAUCCUUUGUCAGGUAACUUGAUGAAAAAUAUAUGGCAACGCUUUCUUUUACGGUACACUUAUUAACAGGUAAUUAACAGGUAAUUACCUAGUAGCAACAUUAAAUUAUCUUGUAAUUACAUGAUAACUACUGAGUCAAUACUGUCUAGCUACCAGGUAGGUAACCUUCCAUCAUCAUGCAAAUUUGAAGCCAAAUUGCUCUGGUAUUUCCAGGAUUUUCUCCACUUCCUGGAACCGCAACUUGCGCAGAAGCAUUGUACACAUUCGGUGGGUGAGUCGCCGUGAUAAUGCUCUGCUCAAACAGCGUAUCGCUACGCAAUCUUCGCACGCCCACAGGCUGUAUCAAGUGUCAAUCAUAGAAAAUAAGAACCCCAAAUAGCUUUUGAAAAUGGAGCUGCACAGAAAAAAGAAAAACUAGACAGUAUUGACUUAGUAGUUAUCACGUAAUUACCAGGUAAUUUCAUGUCGUUACAAGGUAAUUACCUGUUAAUUACCUGGUAAUAAGUGUACCAUAAAAGAAAGCGUUACCAAAUAUACUUCAAUUCUGUUAAGCUCCUGUGAGGAACUUUUUUCUCUGCAUCAAUUUUGGCGCCCCCCUGAGGAAAAAGCAGGGGGGGCGCCUUGUUUAUCUUGGCCCCCUAUAUACUGUAUUUUUCGCAUUUAUGAGGCGCACUUAAAAUCUGUUUGGCUUGUCGGAACACUGCAGCUACCGUAGAGUUAUUGAAUGAGUUAAAUAAAGUUUGACUUAUCUGUUUUGUUUGGCUUAAUGCGCUUUAUAAUCCGGUGUGCCUUAUGUAUGAAAAUAGACGCGUUCAUUGACGGUGCGCUUUAUAGUGCAAAAAAUACGGUACCUAAGAAUGACUUCCGACAAAAAAAUCUAAUUUUGUGGAGUUUUGACAGUCAAAUGUAUUAUCAUGAAUAUGUUAAGUGCAAAAACAAAAAACACUUUAAACCAGAUCCAGAGUGUAAACAUGGAAGAGAAAUAAACACAGUGUGUUGUUGGUCAGUUUUGCUGUUUUAUUGGAUUUGAACUCUCAGUCUGUAUCUCUCUUUCAUCGGCUCAUCUUCUUUUCCCAGGUGGAUGUGUUUGCUUACGGGAUCAUCCUUUGUGAGAUUAUAGCGAGGAUACAAGCUGACCCAGACAUCCUGCCACGCACUGAGGUACCGAUGACAACAUUUUCAUCACAUGCUCAUCAUCCCGCACACGAUAGAGCCCUCAAUUAUACAAGAACCUGCACAAAACGUUUCAUAACAAAGUCACCUAUGGUAACAUUAGAGUCUUUUAGGAGAGUCCCUGAAUUAUUUUAGUGCUUGAAGUGUGUCAGUGUUUCACAAGAACCUCCAGCACCGGACUGUUGCGCAAGCAGAAUGUCAAAAUAACUGUGUUGUUGCACCAGAGAUGAUUUUGAAAUCUAAAAAAGACAAGAUAUCUGAUUUUUUUACCAGUGCUGCUGAUUGUUAUCUUGGAGGAAGAAGGAAGAGAGCAACAUGUUUCAGAUAAAGAUUAAAAAUUGCGAAAUAUUUAUGCAAACAGGGUUAAAAAAGUCAUUGUUUCCAUACAGAGACUUAAGAUUGGUUUAUUUAACAGCAGAUUUAGUGUAAGUCGUUUGCUUUCCACCACAGAAGCCAAACUAUAAUACACAACAAGGCAUAUUUAUUCUUUUUCUAGACAGGCUUUAAUAAAAUAUUAUUAAAAGUUUUGUUUGCAUGUAAGGAAUCCACAGUAAAAUUGUAGUAAAUAGUAAACAACUUAAUAAUUGAUUUAACUUUUUGUAUUUUUUAAAAAGUAUUCAAAAGAUCUUAAGAUUAGACUGAAAGAAGGGUCUGUUUCGUAGUGAAUUGCUGAUUUUCUUCUUUCAGUUCAUGCAAUUUAAAACUGUAGGGACCCCAGAAUGAUAAAACAAACAAAAGAGGAAAAAACUAUUGUGCUUUUUUGUUAUUUAUUAGGCUUUCAAACUGCAUUUUAAGAGAAUAAUGUGGGUACAUGAUUUUGGCAGUUCCUCAUUAGAAAACAGACCAAUAAUGUAAAUACUGUACACACUAAACAGUAUGGAUUUAGGUUACAGUAUCGCUGUUCAGUUCAUGUUUAAAGCACACACAGGAGCAUUUCUCCCCCUUGUGGUUGUUUGACAGUACUGCAGUUACAGCCACAGACAGGCAGUACUAGUUCAAUAAAUCAUAGAAGACAUUAUGGUGCAGGGGAGAGUCAUCCACAAGCACCGUAAGCACGUGGUUUCUUUAAAAAAGGAAAGAGAAAUGAAGGCAAACUCUUGUAUUUGUGCACAGGACUUUGGUCUAGAUGUGGAGGCUUUUCAGCAGAUGGUUGGAGACUGUCCUCCUGACUUCCUGGAACUGGCCAUCUCCUGCUGUAAUGUAAGAAACAUUCGUCUCACACACAGUCCUUUCCCUCUCUCUGCUUUCUCAGUUUGGUGAUCUUGACUUUGCAGCAGGGUUGCUUGUGCACACUGGCCUGAUUUUAGCUGAUUUCACCUUGAGAGUUUUUAAGGUUACAGCUCAUGCAAGCUUUAGCAAAGGUGCAUGAAAGCAAUAUCUUCUGCAAAAGAAACAAUCAGAUCUUGUCUCUUCCUUCUACCAGAUGAAUGCAAAGCUCCGUCCAUCCUUCUCCCAAAUCGUGUUGGAGCUUGAGAGGAGACAGGCUGAAAGGAAACAGAAGGAGGAACCACCUUUCAAAAGUGAGGGAGUUCAACUCUUCAUGACUGCAAACGUGUUUUAUCCCUCUAAUAAAUGCUAACAAUCAUGUAUCGUCUUUACAGCUAUUUGCCCAGCGAUUGGACCUCUACGAAGGCGAUCCCUCGGCCUCCCCUCUGAUCCCCGCCUCUCCCGCAGCAAGUCAGACAUGCUCCACCCCCCAGACAUGCCCACUUCUGCCACAACGACGACUCCAGCAGCUCGGGUCAACCCCUUCUCUCAGAGGGAGGACCUCAAAGGUGGCAAGAUCAAGCUGUUCGACACUCCCAGCAAGUCUGUCAUCUCCCUCACAUUCACCCUGCCACCUCCUCCUGACUGCGACGACCCGGCCGCGACAGAUUCAGACAUUGACGAGCAGCCCCGGAGGCACAGGCGUUGCCACUCGCUCCCCUGCACGCCUCCUCCGUACCUCACAUCAGCACCGAAUACUGUCCUGACAGAGGAGGAGUCCCAGUCAGAGAUGGACACUGUAGAUGGUGAGACAAAUGGACUGGAUGAAGAAGAGAGACUGUUGGAAGGGGAGAAGGAUGUUUUGGAGGAGAGUGAGACGAAUCUCGGAGGUGAUUCAGGUCUUCCCCUCUCGCUUGAACCUCUCUCAAUAGAGGAGGCAGAGAAGGAGUCGGUGGAGGAGCCAAUGGACUGCAGCAGCUCCCCAGAUGCACAAGACAGUACCUCCUCUCCUUACUCUAAGUUAUCCGCCACUCCACCCCAUUCCUCAACUCCCAUCCAACCCUCUACCCCACCCUUCUCAAACGGCUGGGGGUCUGCUAUAUCUAACGGCCCUCCAUGCCUGCCUCCUUUAUCCAACUUGGACAACAACAACGUGGUCGUGAAUCGACCCUUGGGGUGGAACGCAGCAAAUGCAACAAGCUCUCCAACCAGAGCUAACAACAACGGCUACCACUCCCCUCCCAGCGACCCUGCUGGUUCGUCCCCAUUUGGCUCAGGCAGUGGACACUCUCUGGACCAGGAGGAGGUGAUCUCCUGUCCAGGUUGCUGCCUUGCUGGUCUCCGCUUCCCUUCACUGUGUCUCAGAGCCCCGCCUCGCAGAAACCCCUACAAGAACUUGAACGGGGACCAUGCAGCUUCACGUGGGCUGCUUUGCCCAGGACCCAAAGGACUUCCCCCCUCUCCAACACCCACAACCACCACUGCCAGCCUGGAGCCGGGACUUGCUUUGCCAGGUGCUCAAACCUAAACUCCUCAAUAAAAGAAACUGCACCCAAAGCCCCUCCCUGGAAAUUAAAUGGGUUUUCUUAGAAUUUGCACAGAUUUUAACGCAGCAAUACCCCGCUUAUUUUCCGACACGCUCUUUGGUGCAGAUCAGACUUUCCAGAUCUAUCAACUUAAACACACACCAGGUCUACUCUCUUAAUGAAAACUGUGGGACAAGAAACCGGUAUCUUGUUCAAUUUCACCCUCUGCUGGGCUGAGGGUGCAACGACUCCAGAGGCGAGCCGUGCCUGCAUUGAAUUGACCAAUUGGCAGCAUCCAGAGAUGUUCAGCAUGUAAACACUCCAGUUUGGGGCCCAGUUGGUUCUUGUGUAUAUUUGCAGAUGUAAAGAUUUCUAUGACUGAUGAAAUUGCUGAAAUGAUGCUGAGAAGAGGAAUGUUAAGCUUAGUAUUAUGACUGCUGCAAUGACUUUCAUGUUUGGUGCUGUUUCUGAAUGAACAGGCAGUUUUGCUUUAAUGUCUUUAAUUAUAAGGAGGUGUAUGGUGCACUGCUGGGUUGUGUGCAUGUAUGUGAGUGUGGAGUGGACUCAUUGUGUGAGUGGCUGGAUGUGUGUAUGUUACUGUGUGUGUGUGAGAGAGGGUCAGAGAGGGUGAAAGUGUGUGUACUGUACACCGUUCUUCAGCUAUAUGAUCUCUGUUGGCCUGGUUAAGCACUUCAGCUGUAUUACUGUUGUUAAUAAGGAAAAUAUUGAUGUCAUUAUUACUUUUGGGAAUGAAAGGUCAAAGACCUGCUUAAUAGAUGUACAGAUUCUUAUUAUUUAAAGAUGACAUUGAAUAAAAAGAUUGAAUGCAGUGAUGCAGUCUUGAUAUUGAUCUGCCAUUUUCUGUCAUGCUAGCAAUUUAGUAAUAUACAUCCAAGACUUUGAUCGAAAAUGUAAUAUCUAAUGCAGUGGUUGAGAACCACUGAUCUGAUGGAUUCUUAUAAAUUGUUUGAGUGCUAUUUAAA